UUCACUUUUAAAACUUUAUCGAGCCGCUAAAAUUGAAUUUUUUUUAUUUAAUUUAUGUAGAUCUCUUUAAACACAACUUUAAAAAAUGGAAAUUGGUGGCGGAGACGUUAAUUAUUUAAAAAAUGAUAUUUUGAUUCAAGAAAAUAAUUUUCAAUCUUCGAAUAUUUUUUCCGAUCCGAAAUCUAAAAAACCAAUCCGUGUUGAAGUGGGACUAAAAACCAGAAGUAAAGCCAAACGAUGUGAAAUUGAGGCCAAAUUGAGAACUUACCUAAUCGGCCAGUUGGUUUCUCCAUAUGGAGAAACAGUCAUCACAAACUUUGAUGACCAGUUUUUGAGGCAAAACGUUUUCCAGAUGAACAUCAUUGGCUGUGUGGCAGACAACUGCAAGUUUAACCAAAGCCAUCUGGCAAACGUAGAGUUCUGCAUCUACCAGCUUCAUGACCAGGAGAACUUCACAGAAGAGCUAGAGGAUAAUGUAUCAGCGGCCGACAUCUGCAUCCUUCCAUCGACCAGGCUACACGGACAGUGGGAGCAUCUCUACUAUGAAGAAAACAUCAAAGAAAAUCUACUGGAGUACGCCAAGACAGCCAUGCUGUUUUCUGACAGAAAGAUCAAUCCAAACAUCGUCAACUGGAAUAGGCUGAUUCUCUUGCACGGCCCUCCAGGCACAGGCAAGACCUCAUUAUGCAGGGCACUGGCCCAUAAGCUCACCAUACUUUUGUCUGGCAGGUACAAGUGUGGCCAGUUACUUGAGAUUAACAGCCAUAGUUUGUUUUCCAAGUGGUUCUCAGAGAGCGGCAAGUUAGUGCUGAAGAUGUUCCAAAAGAUUCAGGAGAUCAUAAACAACGACGACGUCCUCGUCUGCGUUCUAAUAGACGAGGUCGAAAGCUUGACCGGUUCUCGGCAGAUGAUGUCCAUAAACGAACCGUCAGAUUCAAUCAGAGUGGUCAACGCUCUUUUGACACAACUUGACCUCAUUAAAAGACACCCGAACGUACUGAUCCUGACGACGUCGAACAUGUCAAAGGUCAUUGACUCUGCCUUCUUGGACCGGGUCGAUGUCAAACAGUACGUGGGGCUGCCUAGCAAGUUCGGGAUCUACGAGAUCUACUUCAACUGCAUCCAAGAGCUCAUGGAGAAGGGCAUAAUCGAGCGGGAACCUGACAUACUACUCAACCAAUCAGCUCUUCUUUACCUGAUAUCUUCAAAUAGCUUCGAUCAGCUGACCAAUCAGAAAAGCUACGAGCUGCUAUUAAUAGCACAGGCGAGCGAUGGUUUAAGUGGUAGGACCUUGAGGAAACUUCCAUUCAUAGCCCAUGCUCUAUUCAUUCAGACCUCCACCUGCGGACUCUCUCAUUAUCUGGAGGCAUUGAAGAAAGCAGUGGAAAGACAUUUUAAAGAAAAUCCACACGAAAAUCAUAAUAAAUAAAUAAAUUAAUAACAAUAAUAAAUAAAUAAAUAAUAUUUAAUAAAUAAUAAUAAAUCAUUGGAUAAUAAUAUUAUUAAAUAAUUGUGAUAAUAGCGAUUAAUUUUAGUAAGGAUGGUUAAAUAAUGGCUGUAGUGGUAAUUGUGGUGGCCCAGUGGUCAUUGUCGCCUGGUGCCGUUUCGCAGUUACCGGGUUCGAAUGCGACAGAAAGAUGAUGGUGGGGAAGAGGGAGAGGGGUCUUCCCAUUCGUUAAUUUUUGGAUUUGUUUCCAAGUUUAAUUUUGAAUUAUCUGAAAUUAUGACAGCGAACAUUUCGUUAGAUUAUUCAUCCGUAUGUUUUUGUCUGUCUGUCUAUCUAUGUCUGUCUGUUUCUGUUUGCCUGUCGCUUUCUGUCUGUCUGUCUCUUCCUGUUUGUCUGUCGCUUUCUGUCUGUCUGUCUGUCAUUCAUGUCUUUCUUUAAAAAUGAAUAGAAAGUCUGUUCUUCAAAAACUUCUGAAUUCAAAAAUUUAAACAAC